CCCCACCCCCACCCCGCUGUGUUGCCGGCGGGGAGCUGCCUGGAGGCGGAUGCAGCACUUGGCAGGGCCUCUGCUGCUCCCCGGCGCUGCCUGAGUGCACUGAAGAGGCGGGAGAGGGCACCUGUGCCACCUGAGCACGCCGGGGCUGAGGCGGGGGGGCAGGCUGGGCGGGACGCCGACCGGAGUGUGGGCUGUGGCUCAGUGGCAGUUGUCCGGGGGCCAGCGAGGAGGCAGGAAAGUGAUACCAGAUGUGGAGAAAUUUAUCCCGCGGCUCGCGGAGUUGUCUGCUUUUCCUCAGAGUCUGGGUUUUGCUUGUUACCACGUGUCUAGCAUUUGGGGUCGUCUUAUCCUGGUUGAACCUUUUGUCAAGAUGAAGUAGUGCAUUUCUCCUCAAGAACGCUCUUACCUUUGAGUCCACCUUUCUGGUGAACGGGUCACCGUUCCUCCUCCCCCACCUUUAGUUAGCGUUUGCACGGGGCAUCCUUUCCCAUCUUUGUACUUUCUUUCUGCAUCAUGUUUUAAGUAGUUUGGGUUUAAUCCAGCCUGAUAGCCGGUCCUGUAGGUGGAGGGUUUGGACUGUACGGGUAAUAGUUUGGGAUUUAGCUGUAUCCUCCUACCAUUUGCUUCGUAUUUGUGCUGCCUGUUCUAUGCUUUAUUUCCUUUAUUGCCUUUUUCUGGACUGACUUUUAAAAACUCUAUUUCUCCUCUUAUUUGGUAAGUAAUUAAAUAUUGUUUUAUAAUUUUUGUAGUGGUAGAGAUUACAAAACACAUCCAUGACAACAGAGCUCUAAGGUACUUGGAACUUUUGCCUCUUUCCGGGACGGUGCAAGAGCCUCAGAGCACCUCAAAUGCAUUUACUCCUCCCUUGACUCACUGGCUCUUGUUUCCAUGUGUUUUAAUUCCCUCGGCGUGCGAGACCCCUGGGACCUCACCGCUGAUGCUGGUAAGGUCAGAUUUGCCGGGCGCCGUCUCUGUUUGCCUUUCCCACUGUUCCCCUCUACUGCCUGUGUUCUUCACUUUGUAUUUGGGAUGAAGAACACCAUUGUGGGUCUGCUGGUGAUGAAUGCUCUCAAAUUUUAUUUGUCUGCAAAUGUUGAAGACUUUUCCCCUUAGGUUUGGAAUUCUGGGGCCGCAUUUACUAUCAGUAUUUUGAAUGUGUCUUCCCAUCUGCUGUUUGGAAGAGAAUCUUUUCUUUGGCUGCUUGUGGGAUUAUGUCCUUUCCUGUGGACUUCGGAGGGAUGCUAUGCUGGCCCCACCUGUUCUCGUCCUGUUGCGCCUGCUCAGCCACGAGGCAUGUGGGAUCUUAGCUCCCCGACCAGGGAUCAAACCCGCACCCCCUGCACUGGAAGGUGAAGUCUUAACCACUGGACCGCCAGGGAAGUCCCUUUUUCUCCCUCCCUCGCCCCAGCUGCGCUGGGUCUUUGUUGCUCCAUGCGGGUUUUUCCCAGUUGUGGUGGACGAUGAGCUGGAAAUCAAGGCUUACUAUGCGGGCCACGUGCUGGGGGCGGCCAUGUUCCAGAUUAAAGUGGGCUCAGAGUCUGUGGUCUACACGGGGGAUUAUAACAUGACCCCAGACCGGCAUUUGGGAGCUGCCUGGAUUGACAAAUGCCGGCCCAACCUCCUGAUCACAGAAUCCACGUACGCCACCACCAUCCGAGACUCGAAGCGCUGCCGGGAGCGAGACUUCCUAAAGAAGGUCCAUGAGACCGUGGAUCGUGGCGGGAAGGUGCUGAUCCCCGUGUUUGCGCUGGGCCGUGCUCAGGAGCUCUGCAUCCUGCUCGAGACCUUCUGGGAGCGCAUGGACCUGAAGGCCCCCAUCUACUUCUCCACGGGCCUGACGGAGAAGGCCAACCACUACUACAAGCUCUUCAUCCCCUGGACCAACCAGAAGAUCCGGAAGACCUUUGUGCAGAGGAACAUGUUUGAGUUCAAGCACAUCAAGGCCUUCGAUCGGGCGUUUGCCGACAGCCCGGGUCCCAUGGUCGUGUUUGCCACACCAGGGAUGCUGCAUGCCGGCCAGUCCCUACAGAUCUUCAGGAAGUGGGCAGGGAACGAGAAGAACAUGGUCAUCAUGCCCGGCUACUGCGUGCAGGGCACCGUGGGCCACAAGAUCCUCAGCGGGCAGCGCAAGCUGGAGAUGGAGGGGCGGCAGGUGCUGGAGGUCAAGAUGCAGGUGGAGUACAUGUCCUUCAGCGCCCACGCGGACGCCAAGGGCAUCAUGCAGCUGGUGGGUCAGGCGGAGCCGGAGAACGUGCUCUUGGUGCACGGCGAGGCCAAGAAGAUGGAGUUUCUGAAGCAGAAGAUUGAGCAGGAAUUCCGGGUCAACUGCUACAUGCCGGCCAACGGCGAGACGGUGACACUGCCCACGAGCCCCAGCAUCCCCGUGGGCAUCUCACUGGGGCUGCUGAAGCGGGAGAUGGCACAGGGGCUGCUCCCUGACUCCAAGAAGCCCCGGCUCUUGCAUGGCACCCUGAUCAUGAAGGACAGUAACUUCCGGCUCGUGUCCUCAGAGCAGGCCCUCAAGGAGCUGGGCCUGGCCGAGCACCAGCUGCGCUUUACCUGCCGUGUGCACCUGCACGACACGCGCAAAGAGCAGGAGACAGCCGUGCGCGUGUACAGCCACCUGAAGAGCGUCCUCAAGGACCACUGCGUGCAACACCUUCCUGACGGCUCCGUGACCGUGGAGUCCAUCCUCAUUCAGGCCGCUGCCCACUCAGAGGACCCAGGCACCAAGGUGCUGCUGGUCUCCUGGACCUACCAGGACGAGGAGCUGGGAAGCUACCUCACGUCUCUGCUCAAGAAGGGCCUGCCCCAGGCCAGCUGAGGCCCCGCCGCCAGGACUGUGUGCACCCUGGGUCUUCCCUGUGUCCUCGGAUGUGGAGCCCACAGCUGGCUACGACCCUCAUCUGUGCAGAGACCACAGUGCCACCACGCCCCUGCCCGAGUGGCUGCUUUUGGCCGAAGAAAGAAACGGACCGGGGGGGCUUUUCACCUUUUAUUUCUGCUCCUGGGCUCCCAGGAGAUGGG